AACAGAUGUGCAGGAAACGUGGAGAUCUUCUAUUUUGGAGGCUGGACAAAAGUAUGUGGGUACCUGUGGGACAUGCAAGAUGCCCAGGUUGUGUGCCGGCAGCUUGGCUGCGGCUCACCUCUUGGUGUGAUGGACUAUUUCCCUUCGAGCGGCUCGGACUGGUACAUGAUGACGGCAGUGGAUUGUGCGGGCUAUGAAGACUAUUUGUGGUAUUGCCCCUAUGACUACAGCUCUGUCUGUUAUAACAGGGAUGCUUCUGUCAUAUGCUCAGACUCGGGACUAACGGUGCCUCCGCCAACAGCACCAAGCAGCUCCAGCUUCACUCUUCCCAUGUCGUCAACCACAGGCAACGGCUCCUGCGGUGGCUUGCUUCAGGGCUGGUCUGGCUCAGUCCAGAGCCCGGGCUACCCCAACUCCUACCCCAACAACGCCCGCUGCGUGUGGCACAUACAGCUGCCGGAGCUGGAUCUCCGAGUCGAGCUCCAGUUUGCGGAUGUCGAGCUGGAAGGCAGCAGCUGCCAGUACGACGCCAUCGAGGUGUACGACGGCGAGUACCCUGGGAGCCCACUGCUUGGGAAGGUUUGCCAGAACAACCAUCGCGUCUUCAAGUCAUCUGGGUACCAGAUGACCAUCCUGUUCCGCAGUGACUACAGCGUCACCAGGAGAGGUUUCCAGGCCUACUACUCCUCGUUUCCCGCCUCUAGCAGCACCGCGGCACCAAGCAGCUCCAGCUUCACUCCUCCCGUGUCGUCAACCACAGGCAACGGCUCCUGCGGUGGCUUGCUUCAGGGCUGGUCUGGCUCAGUCCAGAGCCCGGGCUACCCCAACUCCUACCCCAACAACGCCCGCUGCGUGUGGCACAUACAGCUGCCGGAGCUGGAUCUCCGAGUCGAGCUCCAGUUUGCGGAUGUCGAGCUGGAAGGCAGCAGCUGCCAGUACGACGCCAUCGAGGUGUACGACGGCGAGUACCCUGGGAGCCCACUGCUUGGGAAGGUUUGCCAGAACAACCAUCGCGUCUUCAAGUCAUCUGGGUACCAGAUGACCAUCCUGUUCCGCAGUGACUACAGCGUCACCAGGAGAGGUUUCCAGGCCUACUACUCCUCGUUUCCCGCCUCUAGCAGCACUGCGGCACCAAGCAGCUCCAGCUUCACUCCUCCCGUGUCGUCAACCACAGGCAACGGCUCCUGCGGUGGCUUGCUUCAGGGCUGGUCUGGCUCAGUCCAGAGCCCGGGCUACCCCAACUCCUACCCCAACAACGCCCGCUGCGUGUGGCACAUACAGCUGCCGGAGCUGGAUCUCCGAGUCGAGCUCCAGUUUGCGGAUGUCGAGCUGGAAGGCAGCAGCUGCCAGUACGACGCCAUCGAGGUGUACGACGGCGAGUACCCUGGGAGCCCACUGCUUGGGAAGGUUUGCCAGAACAACCAUCGCGUCUUCAAGUCAUCUGGGUACCAGAUGACCAUCCUGUUCCGCAGUGACUACAGCGUCACCAGGAGAGGUUUCCAGGCCUACUACUCCUCGUUUCCCGCCUCUAGCAGCACUGCGGCACCAGGUAGCACCAGCUCGAUGCCCACCGUGUCAACAACCUCAGAAGAUUACUCUUGUGGAGGCUUGCUUUCCUCUCCAUCUGGGACAUUACAGAGUCCAUUUUACCCCAGAAAUUAUCCAAACAAUGCUAACUGUGUUUGGGAAAUAGAAGUAAAGAACAACUUCCUUGUCAGACUCACAUUUAGAGAUGUUCAGAUGGAAGGUGGCAGAUGCUUGUCUGACUAUGUGGAAGUCUAUGAUGGGCCACUCUAUACCUCUCCUCUGCUUGGGAAAUUUUGUUCUGGUUAUGGUCGCACGUACAAGUCUUCUUCAAACCUGCUGACUGUUCGGUUUUACAGUAACUCUCGAUACACAUACAGAGGGUUCCAGGCUGACUAUUAUUCCACUCCAGCAGAUCAGAACACUAUGCUGUCGUGUUUGCCAGACUACAUGCGUGCAGUUGUGAGCAGAUACUACCUUCAGUCACAAGGCUACUCUCCUUGGAAACUCUCCUUGAAUGACCCCUCUUGCAAACCCAACAUUACAUCAGAGUAUGUUAUAUUCGACAUACCAUACACUCGCUGUGGCACAGUGAGAGAGGGAAACAACAAUACAAUAACCUAUUCCAACCUUAUUAGAGGAUCCUCUUCUGGUACUGUCAUCACAAGAACUAGAAACCUUCACCUGCGUAUUCACUGCAAAAUGCUCCAGAACACAUGGGCAGAAAUAAUGUAUGUUGCGGAGGACAAUUUCGAAGUCAACGAAACUCAGUAUGGCAGAUAUGAUGUCAACCUUACAUUUUAUCAUUCUGCGUACUUCUCAUGGCCAGUGUAUGACUCGCCAUACUACGUUAAUAUCAACCAGGAUUUGUUUCUUGAAGCUUACCUGCACAGCUCCGAUUCAAACCUGGUGUUAUUUGUGGACACAUGUGUGGCGUCUCCCACUCCCCACAAUUUUACAACAAUGACCUAUGAUAUAAUCAGGAAUGGGUGUGUUCGAGAUUCUACCUAUGCUACAUAUUAUUCACCCUACAAUCACGUGGUCCGGUUUAAAUUCAAUGCCUUCCAGUUUAUUCAUUACAGUCCAUCGGUUUACCUGCAAUGUGAACUAGUGGUGUGCAGGGCCUAUGACUAUUCUUCCAGAUGCUACCGAGGCUGUAUUACUAGGUCCAAGAGAGAGGCAAGCUCUGGCCAAGAAAGGGUGACUGUUGUGGCUGGGCCAAUACGGCUUCGGGAAGGUGGUACCGAGAAACCUUGA